AUGGAGUCCCUCGCAGAGACCGUCUGGGACGUCGUCAUCUGCGGCACGGGGCUGCAGCAGUCCCUCCUUGCCUUAGCUCUUUCGCGCUCGGGCAAGCAGAUAUUGCAUCUCGACCCCAACGAGUACUACGGAGGCAAUGAAGCGGCUCUCACCCUUCAAGAGGCAGAAGCAUGGGCAGAGCAGCUACAAAAGCAGCAGCCUGCCGCCGAAGCGCCUAUAUUCUCCUCCGCGUCCGCGUCACGGCAGGCAGAGGCCGGGAGCCCCCUCUCCUUCUCCCGCGCCUACUCUCUAGCCCUCGCACCCUUCAUCAUUCACACCCGAUCCACUCUGCUCUCGCAGCUUGUCUCGUCCCGGGCCUACCGCCAGCUCGAGUUUCUCGCCGUCGGCGCCUUCCACGUCUAUCGGCCAGGCGACGACAGCUCUGGCGGCGUGCCUCUGCUAACUCCCAUUCCUUCGACGCGAGAGGCCAUCUUCGCCAGCACAGCCAUUGAGCCACGUCCCAAGCGUGCGCUUAUGAAGUUCCUCCGCUUCGUGCUUGACCACGACGCCCCUGCCCAGCAGGAGAAGUGGCAGUCCCGAGCCGACGAUCCCCUCGCCGCGUUCCUCGAGGACGAGUUCAAGCUGGACGCUGAGCUGCGCACCCUGAUCCUGGCCCUCACCCUCUCUCUGGACGGAGCGAUCAAGGUCCGAGAUGGUCUCGUUGCAAUCGAGCGACAUUUGACCUCCAUGGGCAUGUUCGGUCCCGGCUUCGCGGCCGUGUAUCCCAAGUGGGGCGGCGGAAGCGAGAUCGCGCAGGUUGGAUGCAGGGCUUGCGCCGUCGGCGGCGGCGUGUACAUGUUGGGCACUGGUGUCAAGAGCACACGUCCCCUGCAGGCUGACGAAGAUGGCGCUCAGUUCGAGGUGGCGCUCGGCACGGGUGAUGUGAACAAGACCAGGAUGCUAAUCCGCAGCGAUCAUGCGACGGCGGCGGAAGGGCGAGACACCAGGAUAGCCCGGCUCGUCGCAGUCAUCAACUCGCCGCUUGCCUCUCUAUACGAACCCAUCAUGGAGGGCGGGCCCAACCCCGCCGUGGCCGUCAUCGCCAUGCCUGCCGGCUCCGUGAACGACAGCGAUGGCCAGCCGGCGCAGUAUCCCGUUUACGUCUUCGCCCACUCGAGCGAAACGGGUGAAUGCCCCUCAGGACAAAGCGUCUUCUACUUCACCACACUCGCAACACCAAACGCUUCCGCCGUUCUUGACUGUGCGCUUUCCUCCCUCCUCGCUGCCUUGUCAGGACCAGAGGCAGCCCAGGAACUGUCGUCGAUCUACCAGCUUCGAUAUGAGCAGGCUCACAGCAGCCAGAGCUCCGUGACGGAUGAAAAGGGCUUGGUACUCUUGCCGACGCUGCCGCUUGACUUGGCGUUUACAGACUCUACUUUGAAGCCAGUCGAAGCGGCGUGGGCCAAGAUCAUGGCGUCUGCGGCUGGGCCAGAUGGACCUGUUGAGUACAUGAAGUUUGAGGAUCGUGAGGGCGUUGGCGAAGACGCAGACUAA